AUGCUGUCUUCGCUAAAUGAAACCGCCAUCCUCGGAGUGACGCCUGAAAAAACGGAGUUUUUGUGGCCGUCAAAAAUUUUGAAGAAGGCCGAAGACCGAUCCACUUAUGAUGGCCAGUACGAAGCACUCGCAAUACUUGGGGAGACAGUCAGGCAACGGGCCUACGAUCUAGUGUCAUCCUGCGAAUCUUUGAAUUGUACCGUUGCAUUUUCUGGAGCCAUUAUAAAGGCUCUGUGCUACUUUAUGCGCCGUUGUCGUGAACUCCGGCCUACUGUUGCUCUUCCGACAAAUAUUUCGUCAGACGCCGCGCCAAAUUUCGAAGACGAGCUCAGUGGCCUGCUGAGAGGUAGUCUGAGAGCACGCAUUUUAGUUAUUAGGGCCGCAGAAGAUGCAGCCUCCCAGUACCUGCCUCUGAUGAAUUCAGUUUUUACCGCCCAAAAGCUCCGCGUUCCCAUUGACGCCUGUAUUAUUCCACCGACCACUGUCACUUCGACACCAGAGGACCUUCGUCAUACCUCUGUGCUUCACGACUUUAGCUACUCCAGUCUCCUCCAACAGGCGGCUGACCUAACUGGGGGCAUCUACUUACGGGUUCCCCGUCCUGCUGGUCUCUUGCAGUAUCUCAUCUCGGUAUUCUUGCCGAGGGUUAAUAUGCGUUCUUCGCUUAUCCUGCCGGACUCCAGGAACAGUGGGCCCUCGCAUGGCGUUGAUUUUCGGGCCGCAUGUUUCUGUCAUCGUCAGCUAGUUGAUUUGGCCUAUGUCUGCUCUGUCUGCUUAUCCGUAUUCUGCUCCUUCUCUCCUGUCUGUUCUACAUGCAACUCACCCUUCAAAGUCCCCAAACCAGGGAAUAAAUAGUAUUUUUUUAACCAGACUUCUAAUCUUCCCAAGACACAUUAUGUGGAAACAGACAGGUGCUAACGCCUAAGAUGCCUUUUAGGUCUUGGUGAACGAAAUGGAACAAAAACGCAAGUGGCCGGUGCGUUGUAUUUCCAUUUAAAUAGUCAAUUCCUGAUUUCCGACUUUAUUAGUUUAUUCAUACCGAAGAUUUUAGGCGUGUAUCCUGAAAGUCACCGGAUACACGACCAUCCCAAUGUUAUCCAUUUAAUAGAUCACUUUGCAUACUCGCCUGACGUCCAUUUUUUCAGCCAGUUUUGUUUGAUCUAACUUAGUUCGAGCAAAGAGGGGAGUUGCAUCGUCGAGUUUUUUUAGGUGGUUGAAGUGUGGCUCUAUCGCCAACUGUCCAACUCAAAAGAUUACUGACCUGUAUUCAACCAGUUACUCUGCCUGGGGCAACAUCUUAAAACAACUAAUAAUGAUCUUUUGCCACCUCAACUAACCACAACUUUGCUGAUAAAAACGAAGAGAUGGGUUCCAAGAAGGGACAGCGAAGGAGACACUGUCACUGGAACAAGAGCUAAUAAAGAUUUGCAGGCUUCGCUGUAAUAACUUUGUUACUUUGAUGUCCGUCCAGCUUCCCGUCUUCUCUCAUAUUCAGCCACUUUCCGUACUCGCGCACAACUGCCCGUAAUGGAUGGGAGGGGCGGAGGUGAAAGCGUGAGCUACAGACAACUAUAUUCAUAUGAAGUUUCAUUGUAUAGUUCACUCCGAGCACCUUGGCGGCCUUAAUCGACGGCAAUUGUGGAACGUUUUUACUUACAGAAUUUCACAUCAAUGACAUCAGGAUGUUGCGCAUUUUAGCCAGCAAUAGUGCCCGCUCGUGGUGUCGGUUUAAAACCUAACCUGAGUACCCGAGCAAUUUUUUGAAUUUCCGGCCAAAUUUGGGAUCAGUACUGACUGACUGAGGACGGACUUCAGCCCCUCACCACUCUGGCAGUGCAUCGGCAGCCUCUCUAAUUUGUAUGUUUGUCGCUUUCUACUUUACUCAAAGUGUCCUCUCGUUGGCUAUGCGCCCCGAAGGGCUAAUUAGUGAUUGCAGCGUUGUGAGCUGGAGUCCAAAAUUUGGAAAUGCAACUCAGAAUCAGAAUUUACUUCGUUCGACUUCUCCAAUUAAUUCUGGAGCCCAUCGACAGAGACCGCAACACGCAAAGGUAAAUGCAACCAUAUCUACUAGCCGUAGCAGCGUCGUUAAUUCGUCGCAAGAUGUUAUUACUGGGUGCGCUUAUAAUCGCCGGGUGGUCCCCACACAAGCCCUUAAUGGCUGCGAUUUAAUAAUUUGUUCUGACGUUUUGUGCGAUAAUUAUUCGAUAAUGCUAUCCAUCAGUACUGUCAGUAGAAGCAGUGCCCCUGCGUGACCAACUGCUCUGUCCAGGCGAAACAUUAAAGUUGAGUAAUGAGGGGGAAGAUUGCUGCGUUUGUUGAAGGAGUGUGAGCCUCGUCAAAUUCGUCGUGGCUGGGUCCCGUGGAGUGACUCGCAGCUUGAUUGAUGGCGUCACUCCCCUGCACUGCUGAUGCGUGUUCGACCGUGCGCGACCAUCAGGUGAUAAGUGAAAGAGGUAGAAAGACCCACUGCUCGUUGGCCGGACCUGCUGAAUUUGCAGUCAAAGCAAUUACAUUUAGGGAACAGAGAGAAUACUCAGGACGUGGAUGACCCAGGUGCGUCCGCUACAUUUAUCUAUCACUGUCCCCUAUAGUGGGUUCGAGAGCGAAUCUCAAGUCUGACAAAUAACUUUUUUCCCAGUGAUCUUGUCUCCUCGACUGUUUCCCGAGACUCGCAUUUCCGUUUGCACUGGUAGCCCAAUAUCUGGUGGGUGAAACUUUCAUGUUACCAAAGCCAAAGGCCUACUGACGAUCGCAAAAACCAAUGAAGCGGCAUUUGGUGCCGAAUUCACUUGGGACAAGCGGAAAUAAGUCAGAGAAGGACAGCUUGAUAGUUCGUUUUACGUGAAUAAACUACUGGCUCCUUCCGCAUUCCAACGUCAUGCUGUCCAUUUGAAUAAAUUGACCUUUUACCCCGCUUUUUCCCUGUUAUAGGACAAUGAGCCAGUCGAUAAUAUGGGCUGGAAACUAAUGGUACGCCGCACUCAUUGUGAAAUUGCUGCUCUUUUUGUCCUCAGUUCGUCGCUAUCUUUCCUAUCUCUGUUUAUGUGUGGUAGAGACACAUGGGCUACGAAAGUGGAAAAGGUCUCGGGGCUGACUCUCAAGGUCGUACAGAGGCUGUGCCCAUUGAGAUGAAGAAGGACAGGCGGGGUUUGGGCAUGAACAAGUCGUCUUCGGCUCGAGAUUUGGCAAUACCGAAGUUCGACUUUCAUCACGGCCCCAACGCCUGGCACAAAGACAUGGAAGCGCCUGAAGUCGACGACGAUCACCUGUGGAUCUGGUCGCGCUGGGGUGAUCCAUCUCCUAUCGUUAAUGGCGAUGUGGAGGACGCCCUGCAGGCAACCCCCAAAGAGCGGAUGUGUGGAGCUGUUGAUGGACUGACUGCUUCAGCGCUGCAGUCAAUUCAACACCUACUUCUGAAUCCAAAUUCGUCUGAGGCUCUCGGUGAGCCAGUCUCCGAGAUGCGAACACAAACGCUCUACUGUUCUAAAGUCCUCUUGCAUGAACUUUUUGAUUACAAGGUGAAUAUGCUUCCUAUCUGGAAUCUCAUGUCGCACUCCUUAAAGGCCUUCUCAUUGAAAACCUUUAUUACGUAUACUUUGAUAUCAUGCGCAGCCUGGCCUUAUUCUACAGUAGACUUACGCAUGCAGUUAAUUUCAGGACGAACUGGACUCCAUUUCGCGUGACCGAGUGAUCGACGCUCGAAUGCGUUCGAACCCCUUCGAGAACAUACGAAAGGGCAUAUUUAUGAACAGGUUAUCCGACUUACUCCUUUUUCUGUUAUAUGGUUUUCUCUUGCGUAACGAAUCUCAUCGCAUCUGCAUUCUUCAUGCUUUUUGGGUAUCCUCUGCAUUACGCCAAAAUUGACGGUCGGAUCCAAUGAAAGUGGCUGGAUUUUACUAAUCGUAGUUUUUUUUAGCGUUAGAAGAUACCAUACUAACAGAACAGAUACUAGCUAAAAGCCCAAACACGCGCGUUUCGCCGAUAUUCUGCCACCGUGUGGUACAGCUGCUAGGGGUUCGGCUCUUCAGUGGGUCCCCCAGAAUUCCCUGUGUGCUUUCUGGUAGAUACCCUAGUUUAGAAAUUGUUGCUUUUUAAAUUUCCUCAGAACUUAACUGCUAACUUGGAGUAGAUCAGUUUAUAGUAGGAUCUAUAGGCGCAGACCGAAAUUUGAUGUAUGAAUAUUUGGGCCGAAGUCCAGCAGCCGCGUAAUAUUCAUUAGCUGCCGACACACAGCCAGUAGUAUAUUUUAGCAUUAAAAUGAUAUACUCCAUGUUAGCAGUUAAUUUCUGAGGAAAUUAAAAAUUAGCAAUUACAUUUUUUUAACCCGAAAGCUAACGGCCGGCGUUUAACCUCGAAAUUGUUCUUUUUCGGCUCCUCACCUUCAGACAUAUGCGACUCUAAGUAAUUAUCGUCUGGAUGUCACUUGGUUGCCAUUCCAUCGCCAUCAAACCCUCUGUGUUUUCUCGACGACCGUUAGAAUCCAGUGUUGGUGGAUUUUCUGAACAAUAUCGUGUACAGUUCUCCACUUGAAGUCUCUGUGCACAGGAGGCUCCGUUCAGGUUUCCUGUUCCCUCUCUCUCAGAGAAUCGGGUGCUGAUGUCUGCCGAGUCCAGUGUUGCCUCGAGGUGCUCAACUGUGUCAUUGACAUGUCUAGUCUAGAAGUGGAAAUCCCAAUCGAGAGCCCUUGAUUUGAUAUUUUCGAACUUAAAGGAGAUUAUCCCGGUUUCCGCGGCGCCCUGCCAGGAGUUCGCCCACGAAUUCCAUCACAGUUUGUCGGGGAAUUGAUGUGAAUAGGGAAACCACGUGGAGGCAUUCCACUUAUUCCCUUGACUCCAAUGUUAGGCCCUUAACAUUGGUUAGGCCCUUAGAGUAUGCAGAUAGUUGAGUCGUGAGAGCUGCUGGUGUUGGCGAAUCGUCGGUCAUCAGCCUAAAAACCACCGAACAUCCAUUCUACCGAGCUCUACGUCUGGAUGCGACGUAGAAAGGCUGUUAGCUCCAAGGGGUUGUUUGACCUAUCCACUCUAGUCCUACGACCGUGUCAGUGUGUUUCAUUAAGAAAACAGUCACCUUUGUAGAGAGCUUCUGUGGGUGCGAGUUUUGCUAGAUUUUACUUUAUUUUUGGGGAUCAGUUUUUGAACACUAAUAUGAAGCCACUUCUGUCCGUCGACAGAGCGAUACUGUCCAUUGGGCCUCUGAGUGCUCGCCGUUCUCCCUUGGUGGUAAUUUAAUGUUUUUGGUACAGUCAGUGAGCGGUCUCAUGACAUGUUAACUGAAGUUCUGAAAUGAUUUUUCGAUUAGAAGGAUUACUUAGGUGAGGAUGUAGUAUUGAUUAUCGAGCGACAUAAUCCCAUAAUAUUUCAGGCACGCCGGAAUGUCGGCUUUCGAAUGCAUUCAUUUUCAGUCACCUACUAAAACCGCAUUCGGCAAAAAUGAAUACUCAAGUUGUAUGAAUUUUUACCACUGAUUUUCGAUGCUCUGAUAUAUUUAAAUGUAUUGUGUAGAAAAGAUGCGCCGAAAUGUCUUUCCAUGUACACAUUUGACAGCAAAUUACGUCUUCCUCAGAUUUUACACUUGGUAGAAGCGUAUCUUUGGGUCUUAAAUGCUUGUUAUCAUUAGGCUUUUUCAGGCCGUGAAGUACCCAUCCUUUCGGCAUCGUAUCUGUCCGUUUAUUAAUGAUCCUUGUGAAGUAUAAAACGUGGUCCGUACUCAUUGCGAAAUUUUAUGAGCCGUAUAUAACUUCUUAGUAGCGUAGAGAAAUGUGUGAUUUUCCUUAUACGAAAAGUAGUAUACAGCAUGUAGUUUGGAAAACUCUAAGCGAAAGCUCAACCGGGGGUCGGGUUCAAAAUCAUUCGUGAAUUGAAAGUAAACUUUUUAAAUCGAAGGGUACCCGUAGUUCAGUAUCAUAUUUGAAGAAGACGCCAUUUGUUAUUAAAUGAGUACAGGAAAUAAUGUCUUCUGAUGUGUCUUCUAUAAAAUAUAUUUGAAUUUAUAAGACAGAAAUCGAUGGAUAAAGUGCACAUUACUUAAGUGGGCAUUUCAUUUCGAGUAUGACUUAUGCAGGCCACCUGAGCUCAUAAAAACGCCCGCAUUCUAGCGUGACUAAAAUAUGUUGGGAUUAUGCUGCAGGCUAGUCAAUAUUACAACCCCAUGAAAGCAAUUCUUUCCAAUCAAAAACACAUUUCUGAUAGUUCAGCUGCCGUAUCCUCGAAGAAUACUGACUCAUUAACGGUCUUUUCUCGUUAGAGCCGCCAUGAAAAUGGCCAACAUGGACCAUCUCCUGGGCUACCUCUUUUCAAGAGCCACUCGCCAAAAUGUAAGCUGGGAAUUCCCUGCAUGCAAAAAUCUUUAAACGAAAAGUAAAGUAGCGGAAGUAUUUUGAUGGCGUUUGUAUUUUUUUGUCUUCGAAUGUCUCACAGGAGGUUUUGCACUUCGCGGAUGUCUGUGCUGGACCGGGCGGCUUCUCGGAGUACCUGCUCUGGCGUCGUUGCAAUCCACCCCUGCCAGAUGAGACGAGAACCGACUCGGAGGCAAAUGAGGCAGGAGAUGCCACAAAGAGUAACGGUGGGCAAGAAGUCAAACUCGCCCGUGCCGAUAUCAAGGUGCGUGGCUACGGAAUGACUCUGAUCGGCGAAUGUGACUUUAAGUUGAGCUGUUUUCUCGCGGGUCCGGUGGAGGCCUUCUGGGCUCAUUACGGUACUGACAAGAACGGGGACAUCACCAGUUGGGCGAAUUUGAACUCUUUUGCAAACUUUGUCAGAAAGUGUACUGACGGCAAGGGUGUCAGUGUGGUGAUGGCUGACGGGGUAAGUAAUGCAAUUUCUCACAACUGAUGUCUUGCUGGGGAUUUUAUGGUCAUUUUUGUUGUGAUAAACGUCUCCCUUCGCGCCUCUUUUUCAAAGGGUUUCGAUGUAUCCGGCCAGGAGAAUCUGCAGGAAGUUCUGUCUAAAAGAAUCUACCUCUGCCAGUGCCUCUGUGCGUUGACUGUUCUUCGUCCAGGUAUGUGCUCCCCAUCCCCAUUUGUAUUUGACUUAUCUUCCCUGGUGCACCAACUCACCUGCCUCGUCAUCCCAGAAAAAUCAAGACUCCUGCCUCAUAGGUUGCUGUUAUCUCAACUCGCAGUAUUCUCAGAAACUCAGGAAACUUGAAAGUGGGAGGAGGAGGAGUACCAGCAAUGGGGUGGCUAUUUCUGGCUUGUUAACCGCCCCCAGUCUGUCUUGCCCAAUGCCAGACCUUGCAAGACUGGAGAUUCGAACCCGGACCCUUUGGUCAUUGAGCGUUAUUAAGUCCACUGCGCCACUCUUGAGGUAGGAACCCGCUGUACUGUCGGUUGUGAUCAAGAAUAUUAAUUAUGGUGGAGGUGCGUUCACCGAUCAGGUUACAGAACAUGCCCGUCCCGGCCCUAGAUUGUGCCCCAGGACGUAGCGGUGAACGCAUUUCCACCAUAGACUUUAAGGCUGUCGAAUAUACUUUAAGACAGUCAGGCUUAUCAAUCCAUGCUUCGUACUUAACACCUCUAGUAUUGCUUGCAAAUCGCUGUGUAAACGCCUGCGUGCGCUGUGGACCCUUUGUCUCAAAGGCAGGACAGGACUGCCCACUUCUAUUUGUUGGGAGUGACUACACUCCCAAAAACAAGAGCCAGCCAAUCACUGGAGACCACGUGCGUUUUCUCUACUGCGCUGUCAUCUUGAUUGUGGUGCCUCUCCAUUGGCUUUUUCCCUCGGGCCUGAUCGAUCUGCAUAUUCGAAUUGUCGACCGGCUCGUCUGGAAUGUUCUUCCCGAAGGGCAUUGGGCCGAAUGCCGGCGAACCACAGUAGGGCGUUAUAAAUAUGCGUUACAUCCAGUUAAUUUGGACUUGCAAUUUCCUAAUACACAUUUUCAUGGCCGGUCGCGUUCUCCUUCUCUGCCGCGUUGGCAUUGGAGACAAGGGUCGAGUGCGUAUACGCUCCACGGGAUUUCAAGUACCAGGCGGGUCAUAACACUAUUCUGCAAUCGAGCCAGAUCAUUGCAUGCCAGUCCUAUGUGAUGGACUACUGGUCGAUCCCAGCGGAAUUGGUAGGGCUGUUUACUCCUAGAACGGACCACGCCUAAGAUGCGUUGGACCAUUAACCUAUGCGUGUUUUCUUUGGAAAUAUCACUGAUCACUACCUGUGGUGCAUUUUUCCUUAUUUCCUUUUUAUUGGACGCUGGUAUUUCUCAGUCAGCAGCCUUCAUGUCGACUUCUGUGACUUAACUUAGCUUAUGCUGCCUGAUGUUCAGCCUCAUCCAGGUAUUCUUUUCUGUUUGGAUGUACAUUGAAAAUUGCUGGUCGCUGGUUAGUGGGUUUUGGAGCGGUUUGUGUGUGUGAUGAGUGUUGGCUAAUCGCUGCUGCUUCCGCAAUCCUACACACAUCAGUUUUAAAAUGUAUCCCACAUUUAUGUACUAAUGCCUAGAUAUCUCACUGUUCCGCCCUGUACCUUUGUUUGAAAAUUUUAGGCGGUCACUUUAUCACCAAAAUGUUCGACGUCUUAACUGAAUUUAGUGCCGAUCUCGUCCGCCUGAUGAGCCAUGUCUUCCGUGAAAUCGCCUUCAUUAAACCAGUCACUAGCAGGCCUGCCAAUUCUGAACGGUUCGUUAAUCCCUACUUUCCCACUUUUCUGACUGGACAAUUUAAGUCACCCCUACUUUCCAUAUUCUUACUGUUGAAAACCUAACUGUUUGCCUUCCACAAAUUUGCGAUUUUCUUUCGGUUAACUCCUCCUCCAACCUUUAAAUCGCAUAUCUUUUGGCUAAUUCUUCCAUACACAAUUCCAUGAACAAAGUAGAUACCGAAGUAACCUCAAAGGCCCAACCUAGACCAACUUUGUUCUCUUUAUGCAAGGUGUUUGAAAAUUCCCAUUUUAACUUGGAUAUCUGACACAUGGAUUCACGAACCAAGGGAAUUUGGCACAUAAAACCCCUAAAGUUUUAUCUACUACGAUAAUAACGUUAUUGAUAUUAGAGGUGAAUACAACAGAGUGAUUUGGUAUGGUCCGAACACUGAUAUUUCCACACGAGUCCUUUCUACAUCAACAGUGAUUACAUCCUUCAGACUGUCAAUUUCUGUCAUCCGGGUGUUGUAGACGCCAUCUUUGGCAAACUCCAAGAGAAGGAAAUCAGGAAAUGCAAUGUCAUCCGUUCUGCACAGCUAAUGACUUACACACCCGCAGCCAAUCCACCUGCUUGAGAUUUUCCUGUUCAGCAACUCAUAGAUGAUCAUGGUUGGAUGUUACCUGUUGCUGUGCCGAGCUAGGCGUUUGAGGUAACUGUUGACCCAACAAGUCAAAAGGGCCCCAGCAUGCGACCGUGUUGAGCCAUUGCGGCCGACGGAAUGAAUGAAAACCUGAAAAAAUGAAGGCAAAAUGACUUGUUAUAACUCGGUAUUCAGAAAAACUUCGUUUGCUUCCCUAUAAAGUGGGGCGGUUCCCAGAUCUCUACACAAAGCAGCCCUUUAUAUGGAAAUUAAUUGCAAGGUAAGUUUCCAGCUGCUCUGCGCUUUCUAAGCAGUUAUUUGUUCGCCGCAAACUACACCUUAUCGGUGUCUUCUGGCUCUAGGUACUUCCUCUGUAAAGGGCUCCUUUCCACAGCAUCCUUCAUGGCCGGCUGUCCGGCAGCUCCACCGUCAGUUGAACACAGUCCAGCGCCGCGCCAGAAAUUUAUCCCAUCCUCCACUGCCUCCCCGACUAAACCAAAACACAAGUUGCCUGGACAUGGCCGGCGAUUAAAAGCGUCCCUCCCCGCAAAACCUAGCUCCAACCAGUACGAGCAGACCGUCGGUCCUGUGGACACGGAGUCGGCUGUCGGCGUUCUGAUACAGCACCUUCUUGACGUCAACGAGAAGCUUCGCAGACUGGAGAAUGAGGAGAGGGGGGAAAAACCGUGUACUGUUUUGCGGUUGUGCCACCCUGAGGUUGUUGAAGAAGACAGGCUGUUUACGGACUUCCUCAGAACAUCCAACGAGGAGUGAGUCCGAAACGGUGUCUGUAUGCGUCACAUGUAUUUCUUGAAUGUGAUUUGCACUUCGAAGUGUUUAUUUAACGAUAUUGAUCUCAUGUUCAUAGCACGGGGGCUGGCAUUUCAGCCACAUCAUAUCUUUCGAAUAGAAUCUAGGGAGCCUCAUAUCCCACUUGUUUCCCUUCUCCCUAGCUUCCGCAUGCUCCGUAGCAUGCAGCGCGUGGGUUCUUGAAAUUGAGUCGCCAAAUCCUAUUUCUUUAUUUGCUCACGAGCCUUCUUCUGCCUUGACUCGGAAACAAGAUUUUCUGAAACUGAACUUCCUGUUUUGUUUUUUCCUGUUGAUGGCACCGUCUACUGUCAUACCUCCUCUGAAUAGAUGAACUCCCACACUCGCUGUCCAUAUUAACUGUAACAGAACACGUCCCUUUUGCUUGUGCUGGAUCAUGGUGGAACUUUCUUCACCGAAGCAUCUUGUCUGCCUCAAAAUAGAGGAGUAAUCUCUCGCCCCAUAUCUAAUCCGACUGCCACGUUUGCUACAUGCCCAUCUUCGCGGUCGAUUUUGACGCGUUUUAUAUGAACUAAUGUUUACUUAAAGAAUUUCAGUAGAACUAACACAUUAGGAUGAAUUUAUUGGCUCCUCAAUGACCUCGCCUCUGGUGUCAUAUUAAUACUCCAAAAGAGGUGUCACAGGUAGCGUUUGUCUGACCACGACUAGUCAGCCUACUCUUAGAAGCUGAGCUAUUUUCUUAUCUUUCAGGAUGGCGAAAAAACAGUGUGAGUACGUAUCGAAGCUUCUCACUUGCGCAGAGGAGACAACGCUGAGCGAUGAUCGACAAGAGGACAUCAAAGAGGCUUGCCUGAGAAAGUGGAAGGUAUAGUUAAGUUCACCAUAUGCCUAUCAAUCCGCAAAUCUAGUUACGCUAUUUAUGUUUGAAUAGUUGAAAUAUAUGCAUCUCUUGCUACUAGAGUCCACCCAAGUCGUCGUAAAAAUGAGUAACUGAAACAAAUACUUUCAUUUUCUUAACUAGGUCCGACAGAGUUCAAGCGCUAGGCUUUGACAUGACAAAGGUUAUGGCGAGCACACAAUGCACCAACAUUAUACAACUUUUCCACACGGACCUCUUCAGAAGUGUUCCCUUGGUUUUGUCCCCAGUGAGUGGAAAUAGUGUUUACUAUUUUGGCGCUGCCCCGGUCAGAUAACGUUUGUUCUGAUCGGCCCUGUGGCCCAGGUUAGUAUCCUCGCGGUUUAAAAAAGUGCGAACCCAUGAUUCAACAGUUAGACCGCAGGUCAAAUUUCCACCUAAAUACGAAUGACUUGGACUUAUUCAUAGGCUGUCCUUGGUAGGGGGUUGGUCUAUGGCCUUGCAGGCGGGAUAGACCAGUUUAGAUUUGUGAUUAGUUUAGUUAUUUUGGGUCUGAGAGCUGAGCUUAUCCUCCUUUUCUGCAGAUUCCAGCGGUAUCGCGUUCGCCCAUGCCCUGGCCCCUUUGGCCACACAAUCAUAUCGACAUUUUGAGCGAGAUCGGUGUUGUAAGUCGCCCCCCCUCCUUUCACCCCCCCUUCCACCACCAUUGCCACUGCCACCUCCCCUUCCUGUUCGUCAUCUUAUUCGCUUUGUUCAUCAUUGGCGGAUGUCGGACUGCCUCCAUCUCCAUCUUUUUCUGUCUGCAGGAUCCCCAGAAGGGUAAACCCCUCGGUUGGCUGCCGUCCUUCCUCUCCCGACCUGAAAAUGUUCCCCUCUUCACCAGUCUAGAUCUUAACCGACGGGAAUUCGCCCCCGAUUCCCUUGUGGCUGUGGUCUGCGGAAGUGCCUACCAUAAUACUGUCGACGUCUUAGCCCGCCCCAUGACUAUCUACUCCCGCGGAGGCAUGCCAAAUGUGAGCGUGUUCUUUUGACCGUCCUUUCUAACUGCGUCCCUCUGUGCAAGCUCCGUCCUCCCGUUUACAGUCGAACGUAACUCGGACCACACUUUCUCAAAUCUCACCUCAUUUCAACUUUGCACGAUUCUAUCCUCCCUCCUCCCCCAAGAUCACACCUUCGGUUCUCGAUUCCGUGUGCAUGUUUGUCGUCCAAAAAGUAAUGGCAGGGGUUUGUCGCUUAGCCCUACCGGGCGUGAUAGAAUUCUCAGUGGUGGAGACCAGGACUCGACACAUUGUUCAGUUGGAGUACUAAAACCAAUGACGAAGCUGAAUGUUUGAUUUCCCUAGCUCGUCCCCUACGCCAGCCACGUUACCUCCCUAGUAUUAUAUCUGGAGACAGUAACAACUUGAGCAUUGUGACCCGAUCCCCGUCUCGACCGAUACUCCGUCACUUGUACUAUAGCGGGACACUUUCUCAUCACCGACCUCACACUCCAGUGGCGAGACAAUAUCAAACUGACUGGUGAUGAGUUAGGACGCUGUUGCUGGCCCGUCACGAAACCCCAGUCCCACAGAUGCCGCAACACGGCUGGUCCCUCUCUCAUAACUGUACCAGACUCUACAAACACAUUCACCCGAGUGGAGAAGGCAUUUUGAGCACCCCUAUUUGGUUCCACCAGCCAACCCGGGCAGCUAUUGCGAUCUGUGCUUUGCGUUCGCCACAGCUUUUUAGACGAGGAGGGGGGAACCAGAUGAGGUCAAACUGAAGUAACCACCUCGUGUAUCAAGGCAUUUGGUGGGACUACUAGUCUGUACCGCAUUGCCUAUCCCCUCCCCCUAAGUACACCGUAUACCCCGAAUCCAUCCGGGAGUUCCAAAUGUCUAUGUCUCCAACAUUCAAAUGAAUCUGCACACAUGCAGGUGUAAGUACACAGCGUUUGUGGUGUCACGCCAGACUGCGCUACUAUUGCCUGUUUUUGAUUCUCUUGGAAGUCGUCUUUCUUUGCCGGAAUCGUGAACUGCCAUCCCAUUUUUUGACUAGAGAGAAAAUCUCUUCGACAUGGACAUUUGAGGCAGCUAUUACUCGCGCUAUUUCGAACUCUCGUUAGGGCUUUUGACUCUGUAAGUUAUAGAAAUCAGUGGGACAAAAUUUGGAUGUCCCGGACGGCUAACCAUGGUGGCCGUCAACUCCAUGCUGGGACACCUGGCGGACGGUGGAUUAGCCUUGCUGACGUUCGCAGCGACGACGAAGCAGGGCAGCCAUCUCUUCCCAGCCGUCCUCAGCAUCCGCACUGCCUACUGAGAAUAUUGACUGGGGAUCGACGUAAACUGUUGAACUGAUGGAAAACUGCUCAGCAUUCGUCGUCACAAAACCUGCUCCUUGCCGCCGACUCUGCGUUAAACAGCGUGUGGACAUUCGGCGAAUUCUGGGCCGUUUCGUCGCCCUAUGCACCAUCCUCGGGCAGACCACCGGUACUGAAGAAGGGGUGAACAAGAACGACACUGUGUGGCACUUUGGAGACUUCGCUUAAGUGUCUCCAUAGGGAUUAAGAAAGAAUAUGUACACGCGAUAUCUGGAACAGGACGUGUACUAGUCUGAGCUUACAGUCUCAUAGAGGAGGCCAUCGUUAGAGACUGUGAGAAUGCAGCGUCCCAUGAGCACUCCUAUCCCCCCCCUUCCUGACUGGACUACAAAAACUGCCCAUUUGAUGCCGCAUUCUCACAGUCUCUGACGAUGGCCUCCUGUACGAGACCGAAAGCUCAGACUAAUACACGUACUGUCCGAGAUAUCGCAUAUUUAUCUUCUUUACAACAAGAACCUGGGAUUCACAUAUUCGUGAUUAGGAAAGGCCUUCAUAGGACCGGUAGGCCAGCCGUAAAAACUGUCUUUGGUGCCAGCCGAAUGGUGGAGACCAGAGUGGAAUGGCAGCUACACAAGACUGAAAUACCGCUGCGUCCCAACGUCGCCGACGACGCCCAACCCCCUCCUCGGUAUGUUUAGACUGUCAGCGUUAGUUCAAGGUUCGGAUCGGCCUUGUGAGACGUCUUCGAAUUCAUUGCAGUGUAAACAGAAGUACCAAAUCCCACCCAAAAAGUCACCACCAACGUCACGAAAGAAACCUUUCUUACCUGUCCUUACGGUAAGUUCACCUUCUCAUAUGGCUUCCGUACAUUUCAGUCACUCAUUGGCCUGGUCGGACACCUGUGAAUCUAUCACGCCGUGACUGCAAGACUAGUGCCCCAGGACCGCGGUCAGCUCGUCACGCACGUCCUUCCCGCCCACAAUGUACCCGUCCACUCAAGUAUUUCAUUGGGUCUAGUCGGCCAAGCGCGCACACAUACUGCCGAUUGCCCAAAUACCACCAGUAAUUCGUCCUUAACGAACACAUAUUCAGUCACAACAAGCACUCCUCCGUUGAUAUGCGUACACAGGAAGGCCACAAGUCACUCAUACCAAAACUACAGUGAUGUUUCGUAAACCUCGGGGACAACGCACGAUCUGUUGUAUUCGCUUACGCACGCGUGUGUGCGUGGCACACGAUUGGCCUGCGCCAGCCUCUUCUCCCACCCAAUGUCAUCGCUAGUCUAGUGAGACUCGCUGAGCAACGUAAUAUUGAGGCCAAUCUUCAAAAACCCCUCCUCACGGAAAACCAGCACAUUCUUUUUUAUGAUAAAUGUGGUGCACUUUGAUCUAUUACGACUUGGAAGGCUGCCAGCUGACGGGCCAACUCGGUCUUCGUUUAAGACGAAGCACAAUGAUCCCCUUCGUAUGGACUUCCUGAUGUCCUCACUCAUGGAAGGUCCGGUACCCCUGAAUGCAGCCUGUUACGCGUAGAGUUUAGGGCCAGGCCGUGUGUGGCACGCGUAGACGGGUUGUUUAGCUUUGCCAACCACUGUAUCCACGUCAACUUCCAGCAGUAUUGACUUUGUUUUGUCAUCAGAAUGCGGUGGGUGUGGGGGGAAGAAAUGGGGCAGAUGAAGCACAAGGCGGCUUCACCAUGAACACAUGUGUGCUCAAAUCACGACUGUAUCCACCUCGUGGGGCAGUGGCGGACCUCGUCAUUCAAUUAAAAGACAUACACCCUGGUAGUUCAGAGGACAGGGUACUCUAUCGCAAUUCAGGCGUUCGGCUCCUUUCCCGGGAUGGGUUCUAUUGCUUUUUGAAUCCGUUAUUUCCCUAAUUUCAUAUGUGAAAUUAAUCCGUUGGUGCAUUUAGUCUGUUGGGAGCACGUUGUGAGUAGGCAUGUAUAUAUGUGCUUCAGUUCUCCUAAAACGGGCCACGCUGGAUCAGCAUGGGAUAGAUCAUAGUCCGGCGCCCUCUCACGUCGCGCCAGUUGGGAUCCCUGCCGCCCCCCCCCCCAUUUUUGCUGAUCAAGCGUUUGUUGUGGACCGGGGGCUGUGGUAGUAGGCUUAGGUGCGGACCCGGCCGUGCCAGCCACCUGCGUCCUCACCUGCCUCCGGUCUUCUUAACUUGGUCAUGACACCGGGCCCAGGUGGGGGAGGAGAGAGUGCGGUUGGUGCUUCGCAAGUCCACUGCCACUAUAAACUAAUUCAUGCGCGAGCCAACGUCUCUGCUCCCACCUCGCUGUGGAGCGCACGGUGAACAUCGUCGAAAUGGACGGUCAAGAUGUCGUGCCGUCGAGUACCCCCACAACGGACCACGCGGUAGAUGCGCUGGACCAGCACAGGGACUAGAUCGAAGUCUGGCAGGAGUUAUCGGGGAUACGCAUCCAUAUCAGAUGCUAGCAGUGGGGUUUGGUUGCACGCCCAGUUACCUGUUCGCUCCGUGCCAACUGGGAACCGUGCUGUCCCCUGUUGUUGUAUUAAAUUCUCUGGUGUCCAUCGUGAACCAAGGUGUGUCUAGGUGCGGGUUUACGCAAUGUCAGCCACCUGCGUCCUCUCCCGCCUACGGUCUUCUUGACACUAAAUUAACACCGGAUUCAGGUGGGGGAGGGUGAGAGAGUGAUAGGUACACUGCUGGUCAACUAUCACUGUAAACUAAUUCACACGUAAGUCACCGUCCAUGCUUUUAUUCUACCGCGGAGUACUCUUGGGACAUGGUCGCCAAGAACGGUCAAAAUGUCGUUAGCAUGAUCCCUUGUGAAAGUCAGUAAGUUACCAGAAAAUCAAAGCGCUUGUUUUACGUCCAAUAUUGAUAUUUUUUCUAUUUGGGUGAGACAGCGGUCUCCUGGCCUUGUUUCAGUUACCUGUAGGUUCUUUGGAAAUCAUUCGUCGCUAACUUUCACGGCAUUCUUUCGUCAGUUUGUCCUUCUGUCACGUGGGCAUGGCAUUUACCGACCAGACUUGCUAGAGAACGGAAAUUAGGGGGAUUCUGUUUUGUCCUUCAACUCCAGUCCAGACCUCUAGUAGGUGGCUGCUUAACACAUCCCAUGUUUAGAUCUUUCCGGACUCCUUUUGACCUGUGACUGGCUAGCGACAGCAGAUUAGCCGAAAAGUCAUUUUAUUCUCGUCUACAAAUGCCGAUGACCUUUUCAAUCAUCCUUCUGUGUUUAGGGGGUGGAUAUCGAGUUCACUUACGAUGGGAAGACAUGGCAGGGGCUCUCUUCCAAGUUCCCUAACCUGAAUCCUCGUAUUCCGGCAGCGAGUCUUUUGUGGGGUAUCGUUACUUUCGAAUACAAUCAAAAGGUUGGUUUCAAUUCUCCUGUUCCCUCAUUUUUAUUGCUUUUGGAUUUUGCUCCUUAUAAGUUGGAAUCCGAGCCUCCCUCGCCCUCCCUUGUUGUUGUUGUUGUGCGCGAUGAACCAGGGGUGUUGGGGCACGCCCAGGCGCCAGCUCACGCCACGCUGGCCACCUGCAGCCUCUGCCGCCUCCAGUCUGCUUGACUCUGUCGUGACACCGGACCCAGGUGGGAGAAGAGGAGUGCGGCAGAUACUGCAGACGCUGAAAUAUGGACUUCAUACUAAAUUCUAGGAGUAGUAUCCAUUUCUUGUCCUAAAUUUAGCCCUAACCUUCACACUGGCCCCUUUACAGCUAGCCUUAAUACUAGCCUUAACCCUAGUAUCAAUCAUUGCCCCUGGAGCCUACAGCAUGCGUAUCCAACUUCAGUGCCCAACCACGCGUACGUUCCGGACAGUGUGUGUUCUAACAUAUCUUCUUGGCCCUCCUCCCUCUCCUGCAUUAGUUGGGACAUGCACUGUUACCGACGGCCGAAGGAUGCCGGCGUAAAAGGCUUUUUAUUUUCAGCAAGACUCUUUGUGUCAGUCAGCACGGUCGGGUGAAUUGGACCACCCGCUAGCGGUUUUCAUUGUCUAUUUGUCGGCGAGAAAACCCAUAAAGUACGUCCCCCGUCUCCAAGCGGAUGGCCGAUCGGCAACCUCUUUGCAUCUGACUUCCUCCUUUACUGCGACAGAUUUUUGUAUGUAUAGGAAUACGCCUUUCUAGUUUGGUUUCCUAGUCCUCAACUCGGCCUUUGGAGGGAUAUUCAACCUAAAAAGCAUCGCGCUAACAAGAUAUACCCACAUUCCGUCGGUUCAUUAUCGUCAUUUCACGAUGCCGUUAUCGGACACAGAUGCAUUUAACGGGACUGUCUGUUUACUCAGGCCUAACUCUCUGGGUCCCGGUAGCGUUACCACUGCUGGUCUAGGAAUGCCCAUUCGCGUCAGGCGCAAUUCUCCCUAUUUUGCAGCUGACCUUGACUGAAGGCCGUCUCAUUAUCCGCUAUUUGUUGACUUGCUGGAUUGCCAGCCGUCAAGACAACAGACAGGCCCAUUUUUCCCGACCAAUCGUCAAUGGUGAAUGAAGUCGCCAGUACGAGCACGACGGCGAAGGCAGAAGUGAUGGGCACUAUCAGCACUACCGCUACUGCCGCUGCCGCUGCUGCGGUUGUCGCUGCUGCCAAAACCAUCAUCAUCGUCGUCACCACAACGACGACGACGACCACCACCACCACCACCACCACCACUAUCACCGACAGUUCGACCAUCGAUUUCGACGAUGUCCACCGUGUGCCCCACAGUUGCAGCAGCAGUGGGAGCAGGGACGGUGACUUACGCAGGGGUUUAUAGUGCCAGUAGACUUGCGUGGCAUCUACCUACACUCUAUCCUCCUCCCUCGCCCGAGCCCGGUGUCAAGACAGAGUCCAGAAGACCGGAGACGAGGGAGGCCGCAGGUGGAUGGCUCGGACGGAUCCUCACCUUGACGUUCCACCACACUCCCUGGUCCACACAACAAUAACCAGGAUUUCAACCAACAACAAAGAUUUGGAGGCUGGCACGACCGAAGCCGCGCAUGGGCGUGCCGCCGACGCCUGGCUCGGAUCCCACACUGUGGUGGGAGUACCAUAAAGGCCACAUUAAAAAGGAGCCAUUGCAGCUGACUCUCAGACCGCCUCCAGUUAAGGAGGAGGUCCAAGUUACCCCGUCAGUUGGCAACCUUUCAAGCCACAGCCUUUAGCGCACCGUGAUAGCUUCAAGCGCGUCAGAUUGAUUAUAGUGAGGAAAGUGCGCUGAGUCGUCGACCUCACUCUCCCUUCCCAUUCCCACACCCCAGCCGCCGUCCGAGCCGGUCGGCAAACUGGAGUGGGGAAUGGGCGCGGUGGCUGACACGGUCGACUGACCAUGCCUGCGCGCGCCACAGCACGACCUGGCCCCCCAUACACACACAAACACCAGGAUUUCACACAACGGGGGUUGUACAGCGUGUCUCUCACUUGCUUGAGAGGGCCGUGGAAGGUGCUGUUUCAGCCCGUCCCCAGCCCACCAGUCCGCCAUUCCACACAACACACACACCACCACCACCAUCAUCAUCAUCCUCAUCAUCAUCACCACCUCCACCACCAUUAUCGCACAUUUUUGUCCGGUUCCAACAACACCGUGCUACCUCUGCUGUCCUGUAACUGGCGUCUGCCAUUGUGUGGCAUAUGUAUUAAGCUAAUCAUGUAAACCCUAAUGCAACAGGUUGAAUCCUAGCUGUAGCAAAUGGCAGGUUUUGACUAAGCCUUUACGGCAAACAGGGUACGAGUCCGUGCUCCGAUUUCUAGAGACGUUUUGAGCUUCUAGAACUUUCGCCUCAAUAAGUGGGGAGAUUGCUUAUCUUUCUGUGUGAAUACUUGCCAUAUUCUCAUCAUCUUCUGAAUCUUUUCUAAUUUGCACUUUUCACAGACUGGUCUUCGAAGAUUCAGCCUGACAGUCCUCGACGUUGCCUGUCUUUACGGGAAAGAUUUACGAUCCCUGUCCUAUCGCCAGAGGUAUAAAAGCCAAUUUUUCGGAAUUUCACAAACACAUUUGGGCAUUUCCUUUCCCUAGCCCGGAAAAGGACCAUUAACCAGUGGUCCUUCGCAUCUUCCCCUCGAAAUUUCCGCCAACAAUUUUCAUCUACUUUGACCAUGCAUUAACAGGGUCAAUUCCAGUCCAUCAGCACUUGCGAGGCACGGAUUUUUCCGUCUGUUUCUAGUGGUCACAUUGAGUUGGCAUUUUUUAUUUUCAGUCCCUGCUUUCUUUCAAGCAAACGAAUUGUCCUUUCUGACUGCUUACUCCUCCGUGUCUCUUUUUGUAGAAUGGACUACGCCGCUGGGGUGGCCCGCAUCGUUAACUUCGACGGCAUGGACCAGUCCAACCUCAUUGUUCCCCCUCUGGUGGCUCUCCGUGACCUUGACGCCUUUAUUAAGGGGUAUGCAUCAUUUGGGAUCGUUGACUCUGUGGCUAUGCCAUUUUUGUCCAUCGGUAGGACCAAUUGCUCUGCGUAGAUAGCAAUUUACGAUCUACCCAGUGGCUCGGCUUUUUAAAUGCAGAAUAACAUCGCCGACAAAGGCAAGAAAGACUGGAAUGGCCACUUCUGGCUCGUUAGCUGUCAUCGGCCAGCGAACCCCAACUCAGAGGUAUGCAGCCCCUGAGGCUCUAACUUGCGACCUGUUGCCUAGAAGUCUAACUCCCUAACCACUGAGCCAGGGGCCAGUCGUCCUGUCCGUUUCGAUCGGACAUAUUAACAAUGGUAGAUGGACGCGCAACGAUCCCGGGACUGGGUAUGGCUGGCUGAUGAUGGCUAGUAGGCCAGAAACGGCCAUCCCAGUCUCCGCAGAUCAUUCCAGUCUCCCUCAUCUUUGUCGGUAAUGCUAGUUUAUCUAUAUUAUGUGCUCCACUGCGGCCCCUGGCGGGACUCGAGAGAGAGAGCCCCAAGACACAACGAGACGAGUGAGUUCCGGAGUGCGAUCGGUGCGCGCACCUCUACUAGUGUUCAGUGCAGUUUGCUGUCUUAACACCGCCCUUCGACAUCCUGAAACCCUUCCCACUUUUGCUCUUCGCUAGCCUUCCUGUGAUGUCGUGCAAGGAUCGGCUGCAACCGGGACCCAUGGUGCCCACAGUGAAUGACUCUGCAUGCAUUCCAUGGACACUGUACCUCGCCACCCACCUUGCCGGUGCGUUUUUUUCAUUUCCCUUAAUAUGAGGGUUCUCAGACACAAGUUGCGCUGUUGCGUCAGACCUUAAAGGAGAAACCAAACUCUUUGUUAUCUGACAAGUGCUGCGUGAAUCGUAGGUAGUGUCAGUGAGUGAUCAGCACACGUAAGCCACGUGACCGAAGUGCUUGGUCCUCCACAGCUCCAAAUCAUAUCUACAGUCCACCUAACCCUGGUCCUAUCAAUAGCAUACCAUUGGAGUAUGCCGAUGGGACAUAGUGAAUGUGGGAACGGUAGAGGUUUAUGCUGUCCAGGUCACUACUGCUCAAGUCCAGGAUAGCGGUGAUUCUCGCCGAGGUCGGCGGACGACAGACUUUCCUUGUGGUUGCUUGUUUUUUGCCUCUACUACCCACUUCGUGUUGAAGCACUGCAUCUUACGGCUGUGUACGUUCUUUCUCUAAGCUCCCUGGAUUGAAGUGAAGAGCAGUAAGACUGGCCAGUUUUACUACUUCAACCGGAACUCUAACGUUUCCGUCUACGCUCUUCCCAAGGAGGCGAUAUUGCCUUACAAGUGA